UCCAAGUUCCCGAUGCGCUGAUUCUGAGUGCCAGUAUCUCUGAGUGCGAGUAUAUCGGCAUCCAACAUCUCGCAUCUGAACAUCUCUCGACAUCCAUCGGCAUCCGUCGGUCGUUCGGUUGGAUGCUGUGGAGAGCUUCUGCUUUGGCAUCGCGCACUUGGCCAAAAUAGUUGUUGGUUCGCAUGCAAAACGUUAAAAUCGCAUUAGCUGAAAGACAUUUUAUACCAACGGCGCGUUUUUAAUUUUUUCUACACUACCUACAACAACACAAAAAAAUAGGCCCAAAGUAGAUGGCCAGAGCAGGCCAAAACCAAAGCUAAACUAAACUUUUAACGUUCAAAAAAUUCGAUGCUUAUACUUAGGUAUAAAUAAAUAAGCGCGUGUAUACAUAUAAAAAAAAAUGAUAUUUCAAUAAUUUUCGAACAACAAAAGGUACGAAUCAGCGUCGUGGUCUUUAAACCGAGAAAAGUGACAGUGACUCGUGUUGGAGGAAUACUGUAUAUGUAACAAAACGAAACCAAAUAAUCCAAUAAACGAGAUGCGAGACACGAGAAUCAAGAAGUGCUCCAACGGUUACUCCAGCAUUGAUUUUUAAAAAUUUUCCUUCCUGGCCAAAUAUUUGACAGAAAAAGUUGAUUUCGACGAAAGUCGAAGGGAAUUGUUAAGUUGCCAGUUGUGUGUGCAUUCGUGUGUAUAACUGUAUAAAGUGCACGGCAAGGACUCUGGGCUGCCAUUUUUUGUUGAAGAUCACGGUAUGAUGUUUAGAUGUAAUCGAAAUGAAAGCGUGUCAAGCCGUCCUCUUUACAAUGAAUCAACCCUAAACUAAAGUAAAACACGACUUUUUUUUAAAACAAUACUCCUUAAAAAGGUAGAAACGAUAGUAGAGUAGAAGAACAAGGCGUGACUUGUGUGUGUACAUAAAGAUGGAAAGCAUGUGAAACUGAGGCACAAAAAAUGCCUCUGGCCCACCUUUUGUGUCCGUGUGCGUGGAAUAAAACAAAAAAAAUGCGAGGAGACCAUUAGCAACAACAACAACAGCAAUCGGCAGUGGAAUAGCGAUUCAAUGUCACAGUCAGUGAGCAGAGUCUAUGUACAAACACCCCUACAUGCUGACACCUAUGUAUACCGCUCACGUACAUAGGGGGCACAAAUAAAACAACAAAAACCACAAAAUAAAAGGAAAAAAACCAUAGCCGCAGAUUAGUGAGCCAGCCUGCUCAAGGAGCUGACACCGAAAAAGUGAAAGCGACGGCAGCGACGACGACGACGACGACGACAAUCAACAUUCAUCAUACGCACCGUGGGACGCGGCGCCGAACGCAAAUGCAGCCUCCGAUUGAUCGGUACCCAAGAGCAUACACCUGCCAUUGACAAGUCUCAGCAGCGCACCGCGCGUGUUGAUGUGCAGCGCCUCCGUGGGCACCGAGGGAUCCGUAACUCUGCAACUAAGAGAUGCGAACGCAGCAACAGCCGCAUCAGCAUCGCCAGCACAAGCACCAGCCCCAACAUCAGCAGCAACAUCAAUCGCCACAUCAACGUCAGCGUCAGCAACAAAUGGCGUUGCAGCGCUUGCCACCUCUGCGGCAACUGCGUCAGCGUCGACGCUAGAGAAUGCGCUGACAAUUGGCUAUCCGGAUCCGGAAAUGUUGGCAGAUGUCUUGGGCACCAUUCAGACAGCCUCUCUUAAAAACACCAGCAACAGUAGCAGCAACUCAAUCACAACAACAACCUCAAGCAAUAGUUCAAGCAAAUCGACAAGCAGCAAUCAAGUGGGAAAUACCAAUAAAAUAACCAUAACCAGGAGAAGUGUUCAAUCGGUGAGCACAUCCACCAAUACGAGUCUCAGUAGCAGCAGCAGCAGCAGCAACAGCAUCAGCGGCACCAGCAGCAACGGCAAGACAAACACCAGCUACAUAAAAAACUGCUUGAUACGCAGCAGCAGCUGCAGCAACACGGUCACAAAUGUCACGACGCUGGCGCAGAUUAUGAGCAACAGCAGCACCAGCAGCGCGGCAAGUUUACUCAAUCAGCAUAACAACAACAGCAACUGCAGCAACAGCAGCAACUUCAGCACCGCCUCCUCCGUGGGCAGCAGCAUCAGCAUCGGCAGCAACAGCAGCAACAGCAAUAGCAACGACAGCAACAGCAGCAGCGGCGGCACACACAGUUUGAGCUUCAAGGGCACCGGUAGACAUGUUCCUGGAUCAGUAAACGGAGUAAGCUCAUCAGUCGGAGCGUCCUGCCACAGUGGCACUGUCACUGGCAUCAGUGGGAUCAUCACCGUUGAACCACCGCGCAAGAACCGCCCCAAAUUAUCCUCACCGACGCGACACGGACCGCAGCAGUGCCAGAUUUGUUGCAAGAUCUUUGGAAAUGCCUCGGCACUGGCCAAGCACAAACUGACGCACAGCGACGAACGGAAAUACAUCUGUGCGCUCUGCUCGAAGGCAUUCAAGCGGCAAGAUCACUUAAACGGACACAUGAUGACUCAUCGGAACAAGAAGCCUUACGAAUGUAAGGCGGAUGGCUGUGGAAAGUCCUACUGCGACGCCCGAUCACUGCGGCGACACUCGGAGAACCACCAUGCAGGUGGCGCAACCACCCCCACCACCAGCCAGUCCCUCUCGCCCAUCGCCAGCUCCAGCGGAGCAAGCAGCAGCAGCAGCAGCAGCAGUAGCAGCAGCAGUGGCAGUAUCAGUGGCAGCGGCAACGGAGUCGGCGUGGCCACAAACACGCUCAGCCUCUCGCCGGCUACGGCCAGCGGGGACGCCAGUUCGCCGGACGGUGCCACCUGCAUACGCACCUACAUUUCCACGGGCAACACGGUGGUGGAUGCGGCCACCGGGAUAGCUCUGUCGGAUGAGCAGAUCAAGGCCAUGAACCUGCCGAUCAAGACGGGCGUCACUCUGCUGUCGCCCACCACUUCGACCUCCUCGAACGCCUCCUCCACGGCCAGCAGCUCCGGGUCUUUGUCGUCCUCUGCUUCAGUGGGGACAGCCGCGUCGACAGCCAGCCAGAGUGCAGUGAUAGCCACCACCAGCUCCCCCACCAUUACGCUCAGCGACGGGGUGAGCCUCGAGGGCGAGGGCCUGACACGCGAGCAGCUGGAUCUGAUCAGCAAGAUCAUGCAGCAGACGAAGCAAACAAGUGCCCAGGUCACCGUCUCGUCACCCACCAGUGUCAGCUCCUACAAGAUCAACACGAACUCGGCGUCGACCCAGUCGAGGCCUCGCACCUGGAACAUGCAAUUGCUCAACAAUUCCCAGAAUGUGACUGUCACCGUUGAGGAUAAUACUGACAUGGUGCCUCCCUCUUCCAACUCCCCCGUGGAGAUGAAGGAGGAGGAGCUGAACCAACAGCUUGUGGCCGCCAUCAACCCCCACCUGCUCAACAUAGUGAAGCUCGACAAGCCGGUCGAGUGCAAUCUUUGUCACCGUAAGUUCAAAAACAUACCCGCCCUCAAUGGGCACAUGCGCCUCCACGGCGGCUACUUCAAAAAGGAUCCGGAAACCAGGCGCAGUGAGAAGAAGGAUUCAAGUGGUCCGCCCCUGCAGACGGCCAGUAUUGGUGUUCGUGCUCUAAUCGAGGAAAAGAUUAUAAGCAAACGGAAGGAUAUCACAAAGGGCUCCUUUGUGGUUCCUGCCCCACCGCAUAGCAGUGGCAUCACCACCCCUCUGCGGCGAUCCAUUAGCGACCUGGAGAGCUUCCUCAAUCCCAAGAGCAGCUCGAGUGGACACACCCAGACAUUGGCAACUAGUACGGGCACCACCACUGCCGUUCUUCCGGCUGCCACCACCAUAAAGAGCAGCAAUGGUUUGAGUAUCCAGCAGAUUGGCCUGCCCCAGAGCAUUGAGAUCUUCAGCGGUGGUCAGAAGCAGUCCAAGACCCUGAAUUUGGGCAGUGGCACCAAUACCAUCACCAUAACCACCAAUAACGUGCCCACCACCACCACAAUGAGUGCCCUGACCGCCUUGAAGGCCGGCGGAACCAUCAGCGGCAUAUCCACGGCCACCAACACGGAUCCCAAGGACUCCACCCUCAUAGAGCUCCUGAAGCGAGGCACUCGCAUUGCGGUAACCUCGAAGAAAACCCAAUCUCAGACCCAAACUGGGUCCGGUGUCCUAAUGACCUCUAGCGCCACAGCAACGAGUGCCAUGACAGAAUUGACCACCAUUGGUGGCAACAGCUUGCAGACGGUUGGACGCCAGAUUAUCACAAACAACAACCGCACGGUGAUCAUACCCUCCGAUGUCCAAGUGGUGUCCACCAAGAGCAAGCUAAGUACCUUGAGUAGUCUGGUCAAGAGCACCAGCACCUCCACAGUCUCGAACAGCGCCUCGAACACAAGCUGCACAUCGGGAAACAUUUCCCUGGCCGAUGGUACGCCGCUUUCACUGACCAUAACUCCCAACCAGGAGAUGUCCAGUGGUGGCACAUCAUCGGGUGGUGUCAUCACGAGCGGCGGAGGUGGUGUUUACACAGUGACCUACACCAGUGACGGCACCGAUCUAUUCGACGAUACCGAAGUCUACAAUGUCACCGAUACGGAGAUGCUGCUGCAGACGGUGGACUCCAUGGAGCUGCUGCACGACGACGAGGACGACACACACAUCAAGAGCGAACAUUCCGAGGACUUUGCCCUGCUAAGCGAUGCUGGCGACAGUGUGCACACCCAGCUGGUGAAGCUGGACACGGAGAAUAUAUCCGGAACGGGUAACACUGGAAACAGCAACACCGCCAUUAACAACGCCACCACCACACCGCUGCCCACCUUCCAACAAUUCCAUUCCAAAGAACUGAUCAUGCAGAACAGUUCGCAGAUCCAGGCAAUAGCCAGCAUGCGGAGCAGUAGCGGUGUUCUGGCCUCGCCGCUUCACUCCCCUCUGGCCUAUCCCACACCACCAUCGAGCCACGAGAACAUGGCCCAGAGCUCCCCCUUCAUCGAGGAUGCUGCUGCCCAGUUUGUGGAUGCCAGCAACACUUUCUUCGGCGACAAGACGGACUUCUCGCACAUCUACUUCAAGACCGACGAUGGCCAGGCUACCAUCGAGCAGCUGGACGAGCAGGACAAUGAAAAGAUCCUUAAGCUCAAGUCGGUGCUGGAGGAGAGCAGCUUCGAUCCCUCCAUCAAGGUGGAGGACCUACUGAACGGCACGGACGACGACACCGAGUGUGAUCUAAGGGAGUUUGCCGAGACGAAUCUCUCGUUCCUGGACGAGGACCAAGAGUUCCUCAACGACUCCCGCAAUGCCACCUCCCCGCUCUCAGAGUCGUUCUUUACCAGUGGUAUCGGUUCGGCAGAGGAUGUGAAACAGGUCCUGCGAGAAGUCCUGCCCGAUGAGAACAUGCAGUUGCAGAUGACCAGCGAGCAACAGGGCGAUAAUAUUAUCGAUCUCUACUAUCUGCCUGGGCUGGGCUUGCAAUCGCAGAUGAUGCCCAAUUCGGAGGAUCCUUUGUUGUCCUCUUCGCCUAGAGAGUUUGGCCAGCAAAGGCAGCAGGUCGGUUUGCAACAGCAACAGCAGCAGCAACAACAGCAGCAGCAGCAGCAACAGCAUCAGACCCUGGAGCAGCAACUACAAGGCAACAAUAACCUGUACCAGCAACAACAGCAGGAGCAACAUCAGCCGUCGCAGCAGGAGCCACAACAGCAACAGCAGCAGCAGCAACAAUUGAUGUUGCCACAGCAACAGCUGAAUCAAUCCGAGUCACUCCCUGUGGCCAGCAAUCAGCAGCCCGAUUUUAUGCUGCCCCUGGUGGGAGGCCAUGGCUUUACGUCGCUUUCCAACCAAAACCAAUUCCUGGACAAUAGCCAGGGGGGCGGAAUGGUACUGCAGCCCCUAAAUAGCCUGCUCCAACCCCUGCUCUUCAGCAGCAGUGGACCUAGUUCGCAUAGCAAUUUGGUUGCGGGCAACGAUACCCACCUCCCCACCGAUUGCCAAAUGAAUACAAAUCAGACAACGCAACUCGAUGGAAGUUUGAUGUUCGCCUGCGGCCCGGCAGCGGCUGUAACAACGGGCAACAAGCCCCUGCUCCCGGCCAUGCCAACUCCAGUGGCCAAUUUGCAACCGCUGUCGAACCAAACCAAUUCCAUUCUGAAACGCCGACUCCGCUCGAAUGCGCCCCAGGAAACGCACAAGUUCUCCAAGUUCCAUACCCUAUCGCCGCACCGCUCCAAGCUGCGCAAGCCCUCCCGGACCCACUACACUCCCGCUCCCAUCCUGAAUCCGGACCGCAAGGGCACCGGACUCUACUGCAACGUGCGGAAGCAGCUGGGCCAGGGCCUUUUCGAUGCCUUCGAUGACGACUUUGGAGAUCCGGUGGGUUUGGUUGACUUCUCCGACGAGUCGAAGGUCAAUCUCGGCUCCACCUACCAGGCGCAGAUUCCCAGCUGCCGGCCCCAAGAGGAGGCGUUGCGGGAGGAUGUGGGCGCUGAAAUGAUGUGGAAUCCGGAAGUGCAAGAAGACGAAAAGAUCCUGAUGCGCUACAUAGAUCUCAGCAAGUCGUCGGCCGUGCCAAUGGGCAGUCAUUCCGAGGAGGUGGCUCUCCACACACUGCUCAAGGCCCACGGGAACUCGGCGGCAGCGGUAUUGAAUCUGUUGCAGACCCAGUCCGGCUCCUUCCAAAUGAAGUGGAGCUCCCACGAGCUUGAACAGUUCCUGCGGGGUCUGGAGAAGCAUGGCAAGGAUUUCGGCAAGAUUGCGAAUACUCUCCUGACAAAAUCCUCCGGCGAGUGCGUGCAGAUGUAUUAUUUCUGGAAGAAGCUGUGCGUGGACUACAAAGUAUCGCACCUGAAGAUGGAACCCGUGGUCGUGGUAACGCCCCCAAUUGAGAAACCCUACGUGUGCGAGAUCCCCGACUGCUCAGCGAGCUUCAGUUCGAAAGCGGCACUGCACGGCCAUGUCCGCAUACACGCUUACGGCCGUAAUGCCAGCAACAACAACAACAACAAUGGCAGCAACAGUAACAGCAACAACGGCAGCGGCAACAGCAACAGCAACAGCAACAUCAAUAGCCAGCAUACAUCGGCAAACAGUGCCAGCAAUACUGGCAGCAACAUCCUCAACAACACCGGAUACGCAUGUGCAGCACUCACAAGUGGCAACAAUGGCAAUAACCUCAACAACAAUGCCGCAUCGUCAGCAGCAGCUGCAGCUGCAGCAACUCAUGCCAUGAGCAACAGUGGCAACUGCAAUCUCAAUUCGAAUAGCAACGCGACGACAGCAACAUCGGCCUCAAUCAUAGCCACGUCUAAGCUGGAAUCGGGUAUUGGUAACAAUACCGGCAAUGGCAACACCACUGUCCCGAAUGCCAAGGAGGGCGAAUUCCCCUGCAAGGUGUGCGGCAAAGUCUUCAAUAAGGUGAAGAGUCGUAGUGCUCAUAUGAAAACCCAUCGGGUCCAGGAACCAGAGCAAUCUGCAAAACACCAACAGCAACAGCAACAGCAGCAGCAACAGCAACUGCAUCAAGUCAAUGUCACGACAGGAUCUGGACUGGCUAGUGCCGCCUCGACUUCGACGAUCGUAUCGAUAACAUAGGAUCGAGGGGUAAUGGAUAAUCCGUUGGGCUGAAAGAAAAGAAACCUAAAACUAGGACAAAAAUCGAUUGACAAUCGCAUUAAGCAAGCAGCAAGCAUUGUUUACCACUGUUAGAAUUUAUGCUUAGACGAAUUUGAGUCUAAAAAUCAAUGUCACAUGUACGUAGUAGUUAAAGGCAUUUCUUCACUAGAUCUAUCCCUAUCCCUAACUUUUCUGUCUCUCAGUCUCAGUCUCAGUCACUUUCACUCUAUCUAUUGUCUAAGUAGAGGACACUUUGACUCGCUUUAGGAUGUAAGUCUAGCCAAGGAUUGGUAAAAGUUCAAAUUGAAUUGUUAUUGACUAUUGUAGGCAAGUGCAAUAUCUAUGUUGAAGUAAUGCGAAUAUGUAAAUGUAUACCCAACCGUUUUUUAUAUACAUAGUAGCCGUUUAUUCUGCUCGACUCGACUGUAGAUGUAACUCUUAAACUAUAUAAUAAUAAUUGUAGCUAAAGCUAAAGCGAAAUCCCGAUCUAUGAUAAAUAUUAGUGCAUAACUUACUGUUAACUACAAGUUUUUUCUACUCAAAAAUACUCGUACAUAGUUGCAACACACUACACUGAUACUUUACUAGGUCGAUAAAUGUUUAGGUCUUAAGAGAAUCUCUAUAUAUACAUAUACAUACUGGAUAUGAUUACAUGCCUAGGAGUACGAUGUAUGCGAUAUAUGAUUGUUGUUCUAGUUUUAACGACGCAAGUCAGCAACUCAAAGUAGUUGAAGUUUUACUUAGAUCGUACUUAUAUACCUACAAACCCAAAACUAUUGUACUAUGGCUUAUAAACCUGAAGCCCAAUGAAAAAUCUAGUGAAAUCAAGUGAUAUUGAGUGAGAUCAAAAUCGAUUUUAGCUAAAACGUGAAACCAAAUUCAACUCUAAUACUUACAUACAAACACACUAAAAUACAAACACAAACACACGCACACUAUUGUAAUUAAAUAAAGUUGAGAAAAGUUUUAACUUUUAAUGCAAAGAUCUAGGCUGUAAGGACACCACUGUAAAUAAGAGUAUAGGAUACUAAGCUAUAAGGAAGGAUAAGGAUUUCUUUCAAAUUUCUCCAAAACGCAUAAAAGACAUUAUUCUAUUGAUAAUUCUAGAUCCCCAAAAACCCAAACCCCCAGUCCUCCCUCGAGUACACUAAACACGAAAACACUAAAGAGGCGACUGCCUUUGACAUAGACAGUGCAGUUUUAUAUAGGCAUAUAGGAUAUACAUAGUAAUUAUAUACAAGCAUAUAUUAAAUUAAAUGGUACAACAGUAAAUCUGCCAGUAAUUUGAACAACAACAAGAAUCACACGUUUUCCAUUUGGACAGUGGGCUAAUGUACUACAACAAAUUGAUGAAUUGAUUCAAAGUUUUUGAGGCCAAUGCCGCCGGGUGGUAUAUUAUGUAUUGACAAUGGUGUAAUUUAAUCUAGUUUAAUGUAAACCAAAGCAAAGCAAGGCUAAAAACCAAAACCAAAUUAAAUAUUCAUGUUUAGUCUAAUGAGUCUACUGACCCCCAAUGAAAUCUGAAAUAUUUCCACUUUUGUCCCAGACAAACCCCAGUCAGACGUAUGGAAGAUGGAAAUGAAAAAACUAAUAGCAAUUCUUAUGGUUGUAUUUGCCAGUUAUCGUACAAUAGGAAACACUAAGGUGUCAGGUGCUGUAAAUAGCCAAUAAAAAUCAGAGAUUUACAACUCAUCCCCAUACAUUGAAGUCGGAUAAUAAUGGCCAUCUGGCUAGUAUUAUAUUUGGCUUCAUCUCCAUCCCAUAGCGACGCAAUAACCGAAGCAAUAGUCAUAGUUUAAGUUGACAGACAACACAUGAUUCUUUCAUAUUUUUCGGUGUUAUAUACAAUAAGUGUAAGCAGAUACAUAUACGGACAUAGAUACAAUUACAGCUUCUGCAAACAGCAACAGCAACCCACCACAAAGCACCUUCGAAAACCCCUUUGAUGUGGGCAUUUCACAGUCGUUCCAUGACUUUUUCAAAGACUUUCGCGUACAAUAAUCCUUACUUUUGUACUGUGUGCACUCUAAUUAAAAACACAAAGAUAAAAAAACGAAACCCAAGUCCACCUAAGACAUAAAUAAAUAUUUGUUGUGUGCAUUUUCUCUACACGUCUCUACAGUCUCAAAUCUCCAGUCUUCCGUUUCUGUUUCCGUUUCCGUUUCCGCUUCCGUUUUCACUGUAAUUUCAUCGAACUAUUCUGUUCCAUUCUGUUCUAUGCUCAAAUGCCUUCAAGCGUAAGUCUUAAGUAUUAUUAAAUAAAGUAUCUACAAAUGAGUGUUUAUCCUUAAGUAAGUGUUCAAAUUUAGGAUUAAAGUUAGCUUAAGUUUACAUAUGUGUGCACUUUGUUGCUUUUCAAAAAAGUUUCCUAAAGACAAAGAUAUGAUAAAUGUGAAGCUAAAUGUCUAGUCAAAUGCAGUAGCUUUAUCGCCUAAUUUAUUUGUAUUUUACAUUUUGUUUUAAGUUUCAUUUCCUGUGUCAACAUGUUUAUCGUUUACCAAUUAAAUGAUUUCAACUGUUUCUUUUUUCAUA